AUGGGCUUACCAGAUAAAAACCUUAGCCCACAAACCUACGUGCAGGGAUAUCGGGCAAGAACUAGGCAAGCCGAAAUGGCAUACGGACUGAUACAAUCUCGGCCUUUUGGGUCGUUCCGUGGGCCACGUGCUUUUUGCCUAGGCCUAGGGUCCACAAAACUUCCUCCACCUGACAUAUUUAGUAAGUCGCUCUACACAUUGUAUAUUGGUCAGAAUGACUUCGCCUUCAACGUAGCUUCUCUGGAAAUAGAUGGAGUGACGGAGCUUUUUCCACAAGUGGUUUCUCAAAUUGCUACCACCAUUAAGGAGCUAUAUGGGUUGGGUGGAGGCACAUUCCUGGUACUUAAUCUUGCACCAUUGGGUUGUUACCCAGGAUUUUUGGUGGUGUGGCCUCACAACUGUUCUGAUAUUGAUGCAUUUGGGUGCAUGAUGUCCUACAACAAUGCAGUGGUUGAUUAUAACAACAUGUUGAAAGCAGCUCUGACCCAAACCAGACAGGAUCUUCCCCAUGCUAAUAUUAUAUAUGUUGAUACUCACUCUGUUCUGCUAGAUCUCUUCCAGCACCCCACCUCUCGUGGGUUGAAAUAUAGUACCAAAGCAUGUUGUGGAUAUGGGGGAGGUGCCUACAAUUUUGACCCUCGAGUUAUAUGUGGAAACAGCAAUGUGAUUAACGGAAAGAAUGUCACAGCAAGAGCUUGUAGUGACCCAAGGAACUAUGUGAGCUGGGAUGGCAUUCAUACCACAGAAGCUGCAAACAAGCUUGUUGCACAUGCCAUUCUAAGUGGCUCUUACUUUGAUCCACCAUUUUCACUUCAUGAUCAUUUCUUCAUCUCCAAACUUUAUCGGUUCAUUUAA